AUGAAGAGAAUAAAGAGCGGAUGGACGCUAGCCCUUCUUGUCGUGCUGGAGCUUCUUCUAAUACCUACUAUCGCUGCAGAUAGUCUCGGUGGCGGACUGGGUCAUGGGAAGGGUGGGAUCAAGCAAGCCAAUGAUGGUAUGCAGGCCCAUAAGCAGCAAGACGGUAAAGGGGACUACAAUGGUGCAAAGGGCGGCGAUAGGAAAGGCAAAGGCAAAGGAUAUGGGAAAGACGAUGGAAAUAAGGGCAACAACACCGAGCUUGCUGCCAUCACGGUCGCACAAACCCUCACGCUGGCAGAGUUCAGCCUCUCGAAUGUCACAGUUACCGAGGAAAGGAAGGUGACCGAAGAAAAAACAGUUACAGACGUCCAGACUCAGGUUCAGACUGCUGCACGCAACUGA